CUAAUUAAUUCAAGACGGACAAAAUGUCCUUAUAAUUAGGUGAGAAAAACUGAAAAAGCAUCAUAGCUGCAACAACACAUGCAGAGUAAAAAAAAAAAAGUUGAAUAAAAGUAGCUCAUUAAACCUGAUUUUGUGGUUGUUAGCCGUUGUUAACACAAGAGUGUUGGAAAAUACAGACGCCCUGCAAUAUAAGUGGCAGUAGAGUAGCCAUGAAAGGAGCAGCUGUCCUUCCACAAAUGAUGGUUAGUUCUUUUAAUACUUCAUGGUAGACUUUUUGCCUACAGUCCAUAUGGGGCACCGCAACCUAACUUGCUUAUGACAUAAUCAGCGUAUCUUAGUUUGGAAGAUUUCUGUUGUAUUAGGUUUCAUCUUCCUUUUUUUUCAGGUUCUUCAGCUACCAUGUCUAUAUUCCACUUAAUAAUUUUCAUCUGUUUCCUUUUGUCAAUAAGCUACCUUGUCUUUCUUACUUCUGCAUCAUGGUGCCCACCCUUAGCCUUUCCUCAACAGACAACUCGACAAUUUGAACAGAGAACAGACCGUUUCUGGGAGUUUCAAGAGGAAUCCAACAGCUGGGUUGAAGUGAAACUUCCUUUUGAUCUUGUAUCUUGUGUUAAUGACAACUGUACUAAAGUGGGUUUGAUUGAUCAAACAUCAAAGACUGAAGAAGAGCACCUAGCAAAUGGAAAAGAUGUUUCUAACAAAACGAAGAGCUUAAAAAUGAGGGAAGGUGAUUUGACAGGACUGGAGGAGAAUUCUUAUACUGUUCUACCUCUAAGAAGAAGAAUGUCUUUGACUAAAAUGUCGGAUACAUCCAUUUGGGUUACCGGUGAAAGUGGGUCUAUCUAUGAAAGGUUCUGGAAUGGAGUUCAAUGGGUGAUAGCACCACAUGACUUGCAGAUAUCAGCAGGUCGUGCGGUUUCUGUUUUGAUAGUCAACCAGACAAUUUUUACUAUUUCUGAGGAAGGAAAUCUUUAUCAGAUGAAACUCAGUGAUUGGGUGGAGUUGAAACCUGCAUUCAAUCAAAGUAUAAACAAAGAAGCAGAACAGAGUUCAGUGAUUCAGAUGAAGUCCGGCACUGUUUCAUAUGAUGGACUGAGAGUUUAUUUCUGUACAAAGACUGGCUUGUUGUUAGAGCUUAGUGAGGUUGAGCCUCCAAGGUGGGAGAAUCAUGGCCGACCACCAGGAGCAGAUGUUGCAGCAAUAGCUGAUAUGGCUAGAAUUAGAACAGAUGUAGUAUAUACAAUAAGUCCUACAGGUGAUCUCUAUGAAUAUGAUAAGAGCUCAAGGCCAUCAUGGAAGAAGCAUCUACAGAGUGAAGAAACAGAUAAGGAUGGUUCUCUAGUACCAUUACAGGGGUGCAUGAUAUAUGGCUUGAGUGGAGACCACUCUGUAUCCUUGUUUCUCCUAACCAAGGGAGGUAAACUGGUAGAGAGACGGCUACAUCAAAGGAAAUGGAAAUGGAUAACCCAUGGAAGUCCAGAAGAUCAUCACCUGACAUCUAUUACUCCCUUCCUGGAAGAUGAGCUGAAAGAAAGGUUCUUCUCAUUGUUUCUCACAACAUCCACUGGAUCAGUUUUUGAGUAUCAAAUACCACAACAUUUGGGCACAGCUCAAGAGGACCAAAUUUCAGAAGCAUGGCAGAAUCAUAUGCAUCCACCGAACGCAAAAGCUGCAAGAGGUAUUCCAGGACUAAAGUUUCAACUUGGCAGGAUACUGUUUGCAUUGGAUGAUGGGAGACUUGCAGAGUUACAUCUACCUGGCCUAGGUGGUCAAAAUUCAGGGCCAACAAAUCAAUUUAACCGAAAAAAAUUAUCAUCAAAGUACAUCUGGUCAAUUUUAGAUGCCCCUGAAUCAGAAGGAUGGAAUGGAGAGUAUUGUACAGAAGAACGUGGACCAAUGAACUGCAUAGCAGGUAUAAAAGAUGAACCAAAUGAUUCAGGAAACAUAAGAUCGCUGACAAGAAGGAGAAAGGGUACAAAAGCACAACAGGAUUAUUUAUCUCUAGGUACAUCCAGGAGUAGAUUAGUGAAAGCAUCAGAAGAGUAUAGGUUCCCAGAUAACUGGAUCAACACUAGCUUCCGACUGAGACUGGUGCAAGCAGGCGUAUCAUUUUUUAUUAUAACAGAAGCUGGUUUGAUCUUUGAAUACCUUUACACAGAAAGUGUAUGGCUGUGGUUAAGACAUGAUCAUUCAACACCUAUGAGAGGUGCCCUAGGAAACUACAAUGGAAGUGUAUUUUUUGUUGACGUGUAUGGAACCUUGCUUAUCAGAGAAAGGAGCAACAAUGAGCUAGCAUGGAUUAAUUGCACAGCAAUGAGAAAAGGAAGGCAAGUUAUUGGAGGUCCUCCUUGGGAUGGUAUGUCAGGUAAACUGAAAGUCACAGCAGAAGAUGCACUCUUCUUUGUCAGCAAAAGUGGGCGACUACUGCAGUUCAGUGUUGCCCUAAGGAAGUUCAAAUGGAAAGAUUGUCGCAGCCCUCCAGAAACAAAACUUGCAUGCAUAAUAGACCAAGAAGUUUUUAGGGAAAAUAUAGUGUUUGUUGUUGGAAGAAAUGGCCGCCUCUACCAGUAUAACAAAGUGACUGAGCUGUGGCAUGAGCAUCACCAAUCUCAACAUUUGGUUCUAUCCAGGCUGCCAGGAACUGCUAUGAGGCCUUCAUUCUUUUCACUAACAGGUUCACUUUUCAUGCUUUCAGAAGAUGGUGGACUAGUUGAAUAUCACUGGAAUGCAUGGAAUGGUUGGAACUGGGUGGAACACGGAACUCCCAGCAAAGAUGUCACCUUGGUUGCUCCCCCUAGCCCAUGUAUCAAGGGCAAUCAAUUGUUUUUAAUAGGUUCAGAUGGAAACAUAUACCUAAGGUACAUGGACCAAUUGAUCUGGAGAUGGAAAAACUGUGGUUUCCCACAGAAUGGAGACGGAGAUACAAGAGAUCAAACAGAAAUGGGAGCAAAUGAUAGAAUGCAAGAAGUUUGCAUGGAUAACGAUCCCACAGCUAAUUUAGAUAUCAAUUUGAAGAACCCAAAUGAUCAGAACAGAAAAUGUGACCCAAAGGUUGCUCCUACAAGACCAAUUCCAUUUUCUGAAGAUUCAGUAAUAUUCGAGCUAAGAGAUGGCAGAUUGGCAGAAAUUCAGAAAGUUCAGGACUCGAAAUGGGUUUGGCAGCGGAUAAUUGGCACUCCAACAAGCUCAUGCAAGGGAAGUUAUUUGACAGCUUUGGCGUCAUAAAAAAAUAAUUAAUCAGAACUCCCAUAAAAUGAAGGCUUUUUCCCAUUUCUUCUGUAUUAUUCUUACAAUUAUUAUAGUUAUACCGCAGCAACAUUAGAAUUUAAAUAUAAACUUAAUAUAGAUUAAGCAAACUACAGAAAUUUACACGUAUUGUAUAUCAGUAAAACUAAGAGAGAAAAUAUAUAUAUAUAUAUUUCCUUUUUGGUUCCAAAAGACAAAGAUUUCAACGUAUAAACAGUUUCACAAGCUCCAUACAGUGAAGAAGUUUUUCAGAGCCAUAUCAAUUAAAUUUGUAUCAGUUUUUCAACUUCUAUCAGAUUAUGAUUAACUUUAGGUUCUCGUGUACAUUAAACAAUAAUUUCUUUUUACAAAAAAAUAUAGAUCAAAUUAUCGUUUAAUUUAAAAAUAAGAAUAAAUUUACCUAAAAUUGAAAUUUGGAUAGAUUUCCUAACUUGAUUGAUUUUUUUAACUAUUUGUACAUUUUUAGCAGAAAUAAUAUAUUUUUCAUAGAUAAAAGUUGGGUUUCGGCCUUUUCGACCAAUUCGGGUAGCGACCCGGUUUCUUUUACCGAGCAAUAUUAUUUUUACCUAAAUUUUUACUGAAAAAUGACAGACCGUUUCAAUAUCUGAUCUGAUCGUUUCUUGGGUGAUAAUGGAAACAAUGGUGGUUUACGGGGAUUGUAGGUCAAGAACGUCGACGUUUUGGGGGUUGUUGUUGGUCGGAAUUGGAACCCUUAUCUUGCCUGGAUUUCUCUUCACCGCGUUUAUGUCGAAGCUUCUUCCGCCCUCCAAUUACCCUCUGAUUGCAGCCAUUCGAAACGACAGGUAUUACUGCUAUUUGGUGCCCUUAACGCUUCCCAUACUUGUGAUUGCUGUAUAUUUCCAUUGGCUUAGCAUGAAAUUAUUCAAGCAUGCAUGACAUUUGUGGAACCAACCAACAAUUUCCAGAAAAUGAUAUUUGGAAAUUAGAGCAAACCUGAGGUGGUUGCUUCUUAAUGCUGAUUUCUGACGAUACAUACCAGUUAUUCAACUUCUCUUUUUCUUUUCUCCCCCCUCCCCUCCCCUCCCCGCCUUGGUCUUGUUGUUUGUAUAUAACUUCAGAAUUGAAAUGAGGUGUUAGCAAA